GCGCUCGCAGGGCCCACGCACGCGCACACACCCCUGCACUGCCUGCAGCCGCCAGUCUUCCCCUCCACCUCCGCCUUCCGGAGAUCCUCGCGGCGCCCUUCCAAGCCAGUGCGGGCUCGAUCGGCAGCUGCCAGGCGGCGAUCCAGGGCGGCACGGGCCUGGGCGGGAGCCCGAAGGCGCGGCCGGCAUGGAGGCGCUGCUGCUGGGCGCGGGAUUGCUGCUGGGCGCCUACGUGCUCGUCUACUACAACCUGGUGAAGGCCCCGCCGUGCGGCGGCAUCGUGAGCCUGCGGGGCCGCACCGCAGUGGUAACGGGCGCCAACAGCGGCAUCGGGAAGAUGACGGCCCUGGAGCUGGCGCGCCGAGGAGCUCGUGUGGUGCUGGCCUGCCGGAGCCGGGAGCGCGGCGAGGCGGCAGCCUUUGACCUCCGCCAGGAGAGCGGGAACAAUGAAGUCAUCUUCAUGGCCUUGGACUUGGCCAGUCUGGCCUCAGUGCGGGCCUUUGCUACUGCCUUCCUGAGGUCUGAGCCACGGCUGGACAUCCUCAUCCACAAUGCUGGGAUCAGUUCCUGCGGACAGACCCGUGAGCCCUUUAACCUGCUGCUGCGAGUAAACCACAUCGGCCCCUUCCUGCUGACACACCUGCUGCUGCCCCGGCUGAAGACAUGCGCCCCUAGCCGCGUGGUGGUGGUAGCCUCGGCCGCCCACCGCAGAGGGCGCCUUGACUUCACACGCCUGGACCGCCCGGUGGUGGGCUGGCAGCAGGAGCUGCGAGCAUAUGCCGACAGUAAGCUGGCCAAUGUAUUGUUUGCCAGGGAGCUCGCCACACAGCUUGAGGGCACUGGCGUCACCUGCUAUGCAGCUCACCCAGGGCCUGUGAACUCAGAUCUGUUCCUGCGUCAUGUUCCUGGAUGGCUGCGCCCACUUUUGCACCCACUGGCUUGGCUGGUGCUCCGGACACCAGGAGGCGGGGCCCAGACGCCCCUGUACUGCGCUCUGCAGGAGGGCAUUGAGCCCCUCCGCGGAAGAUACUUCGCCAACUGCCACGUGGAGGAGGUGCCUCCGGCUGCCAGAGACGACCGGGCCGCUCACCGGCUGUGGGUGGCCAGCAAAAAGCUGGCAGGGCUUGGACUGGGAGAGGAUGCUGAAUCGGAUGAAGACCCCCACCCUGAGGACUCAGGGACCCCAUCUUCUCUGAGCAGCCCCCACCCUGAGGAGCCCACCGUUUCUGAACCCUAUCCCAGCCCUCAGAGCCCACCAGACUUGUCUAAGGUCACACACCGAAUUUGGGUUAAAGCUAAACCUGAGCCCCAAGCCUCUUAAACCCCCCCCCCCGCUGGGAUGCUUGCUAUGGCACUUGGUGGCCCUGGAAAACCUUAGUGUGUGCCGGUCCCUGGCCUGGCCUGGCCAUGGAGGAGUUUGCAGUUUUUACCUCCAUGGUUACUUUCUGGGGGCUUCAAGGUAUGACCUGGACAGCUCUUUUCCUAGUGGAAGGAAAUAUAGGUGGUUAUUUCUUCCUGAGA